GGAAAUAGACUUGGAGAGUAGUUGCAUUAAGAAAUCAAUCGUCCCGAGGACCAGAUCCUACCUCGUUAGAUACUUAGAUCUAUGUUUAAUCUUAUUACUGUUUCCAGAUUUAACUACUGAAGCCUUAACUAAGAAUAAUGAUGUUUUGAAGCUGACGAUGAAUUAAGAAACGUAAUGGACUGACCUCACCGCUAGCCUCACUCAUGCUACGGAAUUAAGAGAAAAUGCCCUACGAAUAAAAGAUACUUUCAAUAGAAAUAUUUGUUUUAUCCUAAACAUUGUUGUUAUGAUUCUAUUGAGGAAUAAUUAAUUGAAAUUAUUAGCGCGUCCCUUGUGACAUCACCACUAACUUCAACCUGUUUGAAUCAACAGGGAAAAAAUAAUGAAUUGAAAAAGAACGAUAAAACUAAACAUUUGCACACAAUUUGUUUAAAUAUACAGAAAAAAUGAACUCAUCUUUCGUCAGUGCAUGAAUCAUCCAUAUUCGUUGCACUAAAAUAUAUGUCUGUGUCUGAAAGAUCUUUGGGCUUUGGCAAGUUGAAAAGUUUUGGCAUUAGUUAAUUGGAUGGGUUAUGACAAUCUUCCAUUUGUUUAAUGGCCCAAUUGUGUGCGUUUGCCACCUAGUAUAAAUGCCCAAUUGAAGCUAUUCGCUACUGCUCGUUUUCAAGCUCAAACAACGCCAUGGAAGAAGACAACAAGAAAAAAGCGGGACAGGGAGAGUCCGGCGUUCGCUAUAGAGGCGUUAGAAGGCGGCCUUGGGGAAAAUACGCGGCUGAGAUUCGGGACUCGACGAGGCAAGGAGCUCGCUUGUGGCUGGGGACUUUUGAGACAGCAGAAGAGGCAGCUCGAGCUUAUGACAGAGCUGCUUUUUCAAUGAGGGGUCCCUUGGCUAUUCUAAACUUCCCAGAUGAACAUAUGGUUUCACCCACGGCUGUUAAUUCUCCUCCUCCUCCUCCUCCUCCUUCUUCUUCUUUUUCUUCUUGUUCAUCUUCUUCAUCGUCAAUGGCAGCUUCUUCUUCUUCUUCUUCUUCUUCAUUCGUAGAAAAUGUGGAAAAUAAGAAAGACCAUGACAAAGAAGUUCUGGAGUUGGAGUAUUUGGAUGACAAAUUGUUAGAGGAACUUCUUGAUUUUGAGAAUAAUGAAACCAAGAAAGAAUGAAACAAUUUUUAGUAUUCUCAAAAGGGGUUGCAGACUUCCUUCUUUCCAAACAGGAUUAGUUGAAUCUUCUUCUGCAAAACAACAAUACCAUUCUAUUCCUGUCGUUUAGCUAGAACUUGCUUCAAUCCUAAAGUACCGGUUCAAUUCACAGUUGAAUGCAAGCCCUGGAGAUAAUAAGAUUUCUUUGUCAAUUUCUGUACUCUUAUCUUUACUUUAAAAUAGUAGUUAGAGAACUACAUAUCAGGGCCCUAUAUUCAUAUAUAUAUGGAGACCCCAGUUGACGUUUGCAUGAUUUGGCUGAGUUUUAGUCUGUGUGCUUUAUUAUUGUUCUUUUUGUCAAACAAAAAUACGUAUCAAUUGCCUUAUGUUGAAUCGCUGAUGGCCCACUUGCAUUGCAUCAUUCAUCAAAUCAGGAAUUUGUUGCUUAAGUUGUCCUUUCACACAAGCAUACGAUUUUGACCUUGACAGCCG